AAGAUCACACACAUUUUCUGAUUUCUCACCCAUUUAUCCAUUUCUAUACGGAGAUUCUUAAGUUUUCACCUCGAUCCCUCCAUGUCUCCAUGCCUCCCCUCUUUCUCUGCAAAACACCAUGAAGACAAGAAAUAACAACAAAAGGCUUGUUUUCCUCUAAUUUUCUUCUUCAUCUUUCAAUGGCGAUUUCGAAAAGUGUGAACAACAACAAGAAGCAUCAUCAUCAAUGUUACAUAUCCGUACCUUCAGAGAUCAUAAACUCUCUCUCAUCUAACUCACUCCAGUCUCUCCUUGUUUCACCAAAGAAAGCUUCAAAAACAGGAGUUUUUUCAAGGUCAAAGCUCCUCAAGAACCCUAAAACAUGGUUUAUGUUCCUUUUUUUAAGUGGGUUUCUUCUUAUGUUGAAGAUGUGGUAUAAUUUCGACCCUUUUUUGCCAAACCCAUGUGGGAUUGGGAGUGGGAGUGGGGUUACCCUUACCCCUCAGAAGGACAGUUUAAGCAUAAUCCCAAAUGGGGUUUUAAAUUAUGAGACAAAAGAUGAAGAAAUGAAUGAUUUUUGGAAACAACCUGAUGGGUUUGGAUAUAGGCCUUGUUUGGAUUUCAGUGAAGAGUAUAAGAAAUCAAGUGUUGAGAUUUUAAAAGACAGAAGAAAGUAUUUGGUGGUGGUGGUUUCCGGUGGCAUGAAUCAACAAAGAAAUCAAAUUGUUGAUGCUGUUGUGAUUGCUAGAAUCCUUGGUGCUGCUCUUGUUGUACCAAUCUUACAAGUCAAUGUUAUUUGGGGAGACGAAAGUGAAUUUUCUGAUAUAUUUGAUGUGGAUCACUUCAAGGAAGCUUUAGCAGAUGACGUCAGAAUUUUAUCAUCGUUGCCAUCUAACCAUUUAAUGUCCAGACCAGUGGAAGAGAAACACACACCCCUUCAUGUUUCCCCUCAAUGGAUACGCGCCCGUUACCUCAAAAGGAUGAGAAGAGAAGGCGUUCUUUUGUUGCGUGGUUUAGACUCGAGGCUCUCCAAAGAUCUUCCUUCUGAUCUCCAGAAGCUUCGAUGCAAGGUGGCAUUUCAUGCUUUGCGGUUUGCACCACCAAUUCGUGAACUAGGAGACAAGCUAACAGAAAGAAUGAGAAGCAAAGGGCCUUAUCUUGCGCUUCAUCUUCGAAUGGAGAAAGAUGUAUGGGUUAGAACGGGUUGUCUUCCGGGCUUGAGCCCGGAAUAUGACGAGAUAAUUUAUAAGGAACGAAAAAGUCGUCCGGAGCUUUUAACAUCAAGAUCAAACAUGACAUACCAUGACCGAAAACUUGCCGGUCUUUGCCCAUUAAAUGCCUUGGAAGUCACUCGGCUCUUGAAAGCUCUAGGAGUGCCCAAAAACGGUCAGAUUUUUUGGGCAGGUGGGAACCCAUUAGGGGGUCCACAAGCUUUAUUACCAUUAGUAACCGAAUUCCCUCAUUUCUACAACAAAGAAGACCUCGGGUUAGCCAAAGAACUCGAGCCGUUUGCAAAGAAAGCUUCAAUCAUGGCUGCCCUUGACUACAUUGUGUCUGAAAAUAGCGAUGUGUUCAUGGCUUCACAUGGUGGGAACAUGGGUCAUGCGAUCCAAGGGCAUAGGGCAUAUUUAGGGCACAAAAAGACUAUUACGCCCAACAAACGACAAAUGCUAACCCAUUUUCUUAAAACUUCUCUAAAUGAAAAGGAAUUUAAAAAAAUUAUUUUGGAUUUGCAUCACGAUUCUAUGGGACAACCGGAGUUUAGAACUAGCAAAGUGGGACGUGAUGUUACAAAGUUUCCAAUCCCGGAGUGUAUGCGGAAUGAUUCUUCUUCUUCUUACUGAAAACUAUACAACAUGAUUUAAAAGAUAACAUCGGUUUUAAUUCUUGAUUCUUGAAGUUGGGGAGACACGAGUUCCUGGAUAUUUGUUGUAUUGUUUAGUAUUUAUACAGAUGUAUACUAAAUUAGUAAAAUGUAGAUAGAAAUUAUACACUAAUGUAUAGAGAAAUGGUCAUAUAGUUUAUCAUUGUUUGGUGGAACUUUCCUGACUCGAAUGAGCUAUUGAAGAUGUAAGGAUGUAAACAAAUAAAGUAUUGUAAUUGCAAUACAAUCAAGCUCAAAUAAGAAAUGAUUAGCAACGACACAAAGAAGACACC